AUAUCCAGUAAGGAAAGCCGCUAUUGGUUGAUUUUCCGCUUUCAACCAAUAGGAGCGCUCAUUGAGGAGAGGUGACUGAAGAGAGGGCUGGCAUAGGGCAGGUGCAAUGUUCCUGGUGGGCCUGUCAGGGGGGAUCGCAUCGGGAAAAAGCACUGUUGUAUCAAUUCUUCGAGAGUUGGGCUGUGCUGUGAUUGACGCAGAUGUCAUUGCCAGACAGGUGGUGCAGCUGGGGACCCCUGCCUACAACCAGAUCGUGCGCCAUUUUGGAGAAGAAAUUUUGCUAAAAAAUGGAGAGUUGGACCGUGAGAAGUUGGGAACCCUUGUCUUCUCCAGUCCCGAGAAGAGAACUCUACUCAACUCUAUCACCCACCCUCCCAUACGCAGAGAAAUGCUAAGGCAGACGCUUUGGUACUUUGUUCUAGGAUAUCGAUAUGUGAUCCUUGACAUCCCGUUGUUGUUUGAAACAAGGACCCUGAUGCGUUAUAUGAAGCUCACUGUACUCGUUUACUGUGAUCCCCAGACGCAGGUGGAGCGGCUGAUUCGGAGGAGUGGCCUGUCAAAGGAAGAGGUCCAGAACCGUCUAGCAGCACAGCUACCAAUUGACAGCAAACUUCCACUUGCUGACCACGUUAUGGACAACUCCGGAGACAGAGACAGCACGAGGCGACAAGUUCUACAGCUCCACGCUAAACUGGAGUCGUCCUUAGGCUACCUACCCACUCGGAUUGCCGCAGUGGCCAUGACUGCUGGGCUUGUGGCUUUAAUGUGGCACCUCGCCCGGCGAUUAUGGCAGUAAUGAGCCAAGGCAAGGGCAGCAUGACCUAAUGACUGUGACCAUUUCUUUUUCUUGUACAUGCCUUGAAAAGGAUUUUAACUGCUUUUAACAGAUAACCUAAAAUGUGGUGAAAGGCAAAGAUUACCAAAUUCAUGUGUUCAGCUCAGGUAGUCUUAGAGGGCCCCUCCUCCUCUGUGGGCGUACAUCCUCGCUGGGUGUACCAAGAUGGCCGCGGCUCCGGAG